AUUGCAAGCAGUAGGCCCUGACUUUCUGAUCCGGAAUUCGAUUCAAGAAUGGUGCGAUUCGAGACUAGGGAUGGCCGUACGAUCCGCGUGAAUCUGGCUCUACUCGAGAAAUCCUUGGUGAUCCGGGAGAUGUGCCGCGUUGGCCAGGUCCCAGAGGACGAGGACUUCGUCCUGCCGCUGCACGGCAUACUCAGCAAUGUCCUGCUGAAGAUCCUGCUGUGGGCUGAGUACCACGAGAAGCACGACGAGCCCGCCUGGGUGGCCAGUAAAGAUCCUCUUCCGGCCGCGGAGAUUGAGCUGCAGAUCUCCGACUGGGACAAGGAGUUCCUGCGCGUGGAGAUCGAUAGCAUUUGCGAAAUCAUGGAGGGCUCCAACUACUUGGACAUCCCUUGGCUCUAUAAGCUCUGUGCCCAGAAACUCGUCUUCCUCAGCAGACGCGAGUCAGAGUCGCAGUUAAGCGGUUACUUGGAGAAGAUCCCACCCCUAGGCGAGUUCCAGUCCCUUUUCAUUGAGGAAAUUCAAAAUGAAUAGGCUGAUUUGUAAAAGGAACGUCUGGGUUAAAAUUGUCACUGGGCUGUAUUCAAAACUUCUGAAAUACAAAGAAACAAAAAAUAUUAAUAAUAAUAUUAGUACCUUUCCGUUUUCGUGACCUAUUACAAUGAAAUAUUCAAAUUUAGCGCGAGAACCCACAUUUUUUGACGUUCCCUUGACUUUUUUUGGAACUCUUAAAUAUAGACCAUGAUAGUUGGGGCCGAUUUUGGAGCAAGUUCGUGUUGGCGGAGACAUCGACCCCCUAGCCUUGCCAAAGUGCUGGCAUAAAAAAGUGCCCCAUAAACGACUUCGUCUCCGUUUUCCACUGCAAUUAAAGUUGACACGCUACACCAGCAACAACAAAAACGGCUAAAACAACCAAAGUAGCAACAACUUGACGAGGCCCUUCAAAUCCCAGCCGAGCAUGAAAAGAGUGAUGUAAAAAACGAACUGAAGUUGGUUCAUGCAAAACACCGCCAGAAUAUCGAUUCGGAUUCGAGUGAGUCAGCAGUCGGUUGGCAGUCUUGUGGGUUUGCAUUUUUGCUUUAUGUGCUGUCAGAAGUGCAAAGGAAUAUGAGAUAUCUAAAUGUUUGCGGCCUAUCAAUUGCCGGCCAAAUAAAUUAAGCCUUUAAUUGUGAAAUCCAGAAUGGUUCGCCGCAC